GCGGCUCCUGCGUGGUCCGGGUGGAAAGCGGCGCCGGCGGCAGCGGCGUUCCGCAGGCGGAAGGGAAGGGGGAGGUGACGAGGCAGUGCGCGGCUGCUCCUCCCCACCCCCCGCCUCGGCCCUGAAGGGGCUGGAUGGGCAAGUUGGGCGCGAUGGCUCGAGCCCGGGCGGCGGCGGCGGCGGCCGGAGGCGGCGGCGCCUCCUGCUCCUCGCCCCGGCGCCGGCGGUGAUCGGAGCGAGCGGCCGCGGCCCCCGAUGAGACUGCUGGCGGGCUGGCUGUGCCUGAGCCUGGCGUCCGUGUGGCUGGCGCGGAGGAUGUGGACGCUGCGGAGCCCGCUCACCCGCUCCCUGUACGUGAACAUGACCAGCGGCCCCGGCGGGCCGGCGGCGGCCGCGGGCGGCAGGAAGGAGAACCACCAGUGGUAUGUGUGCAACAGAGAGAAAUUAUGCGAAUCACUCCAGGCUGUCUUUGUUCAGAGUUACCUUGAUCAAGGAACACAGAUCUUCUUAAACAACAGCAUUGAGAAAUCGGGCUGGCUAUUUAUCCAAUUAUAUCAUUCUUUUGUGUCAUCUGUUUUUAGCCUGUUUAUGUCUAGGACAUCUAUCAAUGGGUUGCUAGGAAGAGGCUCAAUGUUUGUGUUUUCACCAGAUCAAUUUCAGAGACUGCUUAAAAUUAAUCCUGACUGGAAAACCCAUAGACUUCUUGAUUUAGGUGCUGGAGAUGGAGAAGUCACAAAAAUCAUGAGCCCUCAUUUUGAAGAAAUCUAUGCCACUGAGCUUUCUGAAACUAUGAUAUGGCAGCUUCAGAAGAAGAAAUACAGAGUACUUGGUAUAAAUGAAUGGCAGAAUACAGGGUUCCAGUAUGAUGUCAUCAGCUGCUUGAAUUUGCUGGACCGCUGUGAUCAGCCCCUGACUUUGUUAAAAGAUAUCAGAAGUGUCUUGGAGCCAACUAGAGGAAGGGUCAUCCUUGCCCUGGUCCUUCCCUUCCAUCCCUAUGUGGAAAACGUAGGUGGCAAGUGGGAGAAACCAUCAGAAAUUUUGGAAAUCAAAGGACAGAACUGGGAAGAACAAGUGAAUAGUCUGCCUGAAGUUUUCAGAAAAGCUGGCUUUGUUAUCGAAGCUUUCACCAGACUGCCAUACCUGUGUGAAGGCGACAUGUAUAACGACUACUACGUUCUGGAUGACGCUGUCUUUGUUCUCAAACCAGUAUAAACAUGUGGAGGUCGAAGUCUUCGGAGUCCGUACCCUCCAGCAUCCCCCCUCCAGAAGAGGGUCUGUGUUAACAGUUACGUGAAGGGAGGGCCUUUGGGGACCACCAUUCUAAAUAUCAUGUAGGAAUUUAAAAAGCCAAAAUACUAAUUAUUUCUUUGUAGUGUGUAAAAGGAAUGAUGUUUUUAAAACAAAAACCCAACUCUUUGUGGAUUUUUAUCAACUCUUUACUCAGAGCCACACUUCAAUGCAGGUCACACUUCAAUUAUGAUGGAAGAUAUUUUUUAUACUUAACUGCAGUAGGGACUCAUUCCCAGACAAAGCAAUAGUCAUGACUUCGUGGAACCAAUAAAUGGAUUGUUUUUAAUAAAAUGAAGAGUGGCAAUAAAGCUGUCCAUUCACUUGCAAAUAUUGGUUAUAAGGUAUAGCCACUGAUACUCUUUCAUGUUUAGAGAUUCUUUCUGUUGUUAUUCCAGAAAAUGUUUUUAAUCAUGCUAAUAAACUUUUUUGGAGAUGACUUUGGCAUUAUGUUUGAGUUAAUAUAAGGCUCCCCUAUCGUUUUUUAUUGCUUUGGCUUUAGGAAUACCCAAAUAGUAGCAUUAUGCGCAAGAUUCAGACAACUUGAAUAUGUUGUGAAGGAAGGCUUCAGACUGGGGGGACGGGGAGAUUAUUGCAAAUGACAAUGAAUGCUGAGCCAGU